AUGGAUACACAGCCCAAAAAUCAGAAUUGUCAAUCUGAUGAAGCUCCCCCAAAAUAUGGUUUUGAUUGCCUGCCUCAAGAAAUUGUCCUUGACAUUGCUUCCAGGCUUCCCAUAACAUCUUUACUUCAAUUCACCUUUGUUCGCAAAUCGUUUUACAACUUGUCUCAUGAUCCAGAGCUUGUGAAUUUGCACCUGUCUCGUGCAGUAAAGAACGAUCCUUGCAUUAUUAUUAACGCGGAUUAUCAAUGUUACUUUCUUAAAUUGUCUGAUCAUGGUAUUAUGGAAGAAGAGGUUGUGAGGGAAAUCAACACCCUUUUUGUAGACUCUACGCCAGAGUUCGACAUGGUUGGUUCAUGUAAUGGAUUAUUGUGCGUACGUGAUACUAUGUUUAGUAAUUCACUUUAUGUGUACAAUCCUUUUACAAGGGCCUACAAAGAGUUGCCUAUAUCACUAAAAGGUCACGGGCUAGGAUCGGUUUCUGGGUUUGAUUUUCAUCCUGUUAUCAAAAAGUACAAGUUGAUCAAAAUCAGGGAACCUUACCCCAAUCCAAAUCGUAUUUCAGAUGUUGAAGUAUAUACUCUUGGUAGCAACAGAUGGAAAAGUUUUGGAGAAGUUGUUUAUCGUUUUGAUCCGAUUUCUCGAGGAAUUAUGUUAAAUGAGAAAAUGCAUUGGUUUACUGAAUGUGAAAGGUAUAAUGGAUAUUGUUAUGGGCUUAUCGUUUCCUUUGAUUUUGCUGAUGAGGCAUUUGGAGAGGUACCAACAGUUGAUUUUGGUGUAAACCUUAAUAUUAGCGAGUUUCAACUAGUAGUUCUUGGAGAUUGUCUUGCUGUUGCUCUAUCUUUGCCUGACUAUAAAGGGAGAGGGUCUAAAAUUUGGGUAAUGACAAAUUACAGUGUGAAAGAGUCUUGGAUGAAGGAGUUUAUAAUUGGAGCUUAUACACCAACUCCAAAUUUUAUCACACAACAUAUGCAACCAUUGGUGAAAGUUUUAUGUUUGCUGAAGAAUGGAGAAAUAUUGCUUGAGUACAAAGAUGAAAAUCUUGUUUCAUAUGAUCCUGAAAAUGGUGUCUUUAGGAAACUAAGGUUUGAGGGGAUGCCUUAUUUUUUCCAGACGAUUGAUAUCCCACCUGCAGAUCUUUUACAGAAUUAG